GUUCGUUUUCUCGUGGGGCAGCAGAAGACGACGAGUGAAAGGGAACACUCGUCUCUUCCCUUUGUUCUGAAAACAAAAAUGAGGAGCUAAAGAAAAAAAAAACACUCGUCUUCAGUUUGCGCAAAUUCAAAAUCGGUCAUUCAUUCAAAGACCCAGCUCGAGAAUCAUCGAUUAUCAGAUAUUUCAGGUUUCAUUUCCCCAGAUUUCUUUGGAAAAAAAAAACCAAUUGCUCGAUCCGUGAGUCAAUUUCAGAUUCUGGGUACUCUCUCGUUUUGGGGUGUUCUUAGUGCGUAUCAUUUUGUUCGAAGAAAAAUGGCGAGCAGAAGAGAAGAAGAGCGAAACGAGAAGAUUAUUCGAGGUCUUAUGAAGCUUCCCCCGAAUCGGCGUUGUAUAAACUGCAAUAGCUUGGGUCCUCAAUACGUUUGCACGACUUUCUGGACUUUCGUUUGCAUGGCUUGCAGUGGAAUACACCGUGAAUUUACUCAUCGUGUGAAGUCUGUUUCUAUGGCAAAGUUUACUUCUCAAGAAGUUGAAGCACUUCAAAAUGGAGGUAAUCAGCGUGCCAGAGAAAUCUAUUUGAAACACUGGGAUUAUCAACGACAAAGGCUUCCUGACAGCAGCAAUGCUGAUGGAGUCCGUGAAUUUAUAAAACAUGUGUACGAGGGAAAAAAAUAUGCUGGAAUGAAUCCUUCGGACAAGCCUCCAAGAGAUAGCCAGACUCGUAAAAGUUCUGAAAAUGUGACACGACGUCCCGAGUCAUAUCAUUCCUACUCCCAAAGCCCUCCUUACGAUUAUCAGUAUGAAGAACGUCGCUAUGGAAAACAACCGUUAGGACUCAACAGCAAGUCUGCUUCAGAAAGAAACCUUCAUUCUAAAGCCUCUAGUUUUGCAUUCAGCCCCGGAAGCUUUCGUGAUCAUAUGUUUGAAGACCAGUUUGCAAAUGAGGGCUCUGCUCCAAGGGCUUCAGAUUUCUCCCUUUCUAGCGGAGGAGAUCCUUUCAGGUCUGAAAUAGGGUCUCCAAAUUCCCUGAAGGAAUUUGGAUUUAGCAGUCCGAGGUUUGAACAUUCCAAUGUUCCUUCAAGUGAAAAUCUUCAGCGCACUGCAACCCUAUUUCCAGAUGGGCAACAUCAGAGAGCUACAUCCUUUGGGAGUGUCAGAUUGUUUGACAGUAAUUCCAUGUCCGUCAAGUCAUAUAACUUCAGUGGCGAUGUGGAUGGAGUUUCUGAAAAUGAUCAAAGAACAGGAAAUAAUCAAGACAAAACAUCUGUUCCCGCUCCUUCAAUUGAUUUGUUUCAGUUGCCAGGGACACCUGUGGCUCAUUCUGUUAAUACAUUCCAACCUUCUACGGUAGCACAAUCUCCGCCAAUGAAUUUGUUUCAACCUUCCAAUGCAUAUCCUUCCGGAUCUGCAGACUUAGUUUCUGGGAUUGUGGAUCAUCAAUCUACUGUAAAACCACCAGAUAUUUCUGUUCCAAAGAAUGGAGGAUGGGCUACUUUUGACAGUCCUGUUCCUGCUGCUGAACCUACUGUUGAAAACAUUACCAUCUCUGGAUUUCCUCAGCUGGAUAAUUCUUCUGUGAAAACUGAAGGAAUCUCACAAUCAAGCACAAGCUUACAGUGGCCACUAAAUCCAUCAAGUUCCAACCAGCCUGCUCUGUCAGUGCCCAGUCCAUGGCAUGACGGCUUAUGUGGAGGUUCUCCGGGCACUGCUGUGUCAGCAGGCAACUUGACGUGGAAUGCCUUUGAUGACUCUAUUAAGGGAAAUCCUCCUUUACACAGUGCAAACAAGGUUGGUGAAGCAGCAAAUGAAGCAAGUAAUUCAUCGUCUAAAGUUGAUCAACAACAUUUGAAUCUACAAGUUGUAGAGGAUUCUAGCAAUGAUGGAACACAGACAGCCAACAUCCAUAAUGACCCUUCGGGUUUUGGCUUUCCAGGGAACAUUGUUCCGGCACCAUUUUACCCUCCGUCUUUAGAGCCAAUGAUGGAAGAAGCGUGGCAUCAUGUGAAUGAUCACAAGUCAACUAAUCCAUUUGAUCUUCCUUGUGAUUCUGAAUUGGAGCCCAACAAUAUGUUCUUGGAUAUGUGCUUCUUGCAAGCGGCAUUGCCAAGUAUCAAGCCACAAUUCACUGCUGAUUUCGAAGUCUUGUAUGUACAUCCUCCAGUGGAUUCGCAAGGUGGCUUGGCAUACAUGGCAGGGCAAGCAUCAACAUCUCAGUUACAGUAAGUUCACAAUUCCAUGCUCUUUCAGAUGUAAUGCAGUUAUGGUUUUGUCUUUCAAGGUUCUUCCAGUGAUAACAUUUAUAAAUUCCGAGGAACAGAUGAAUUAUGUCAAAAGCUUUGAAGAAAACCCUUCUUUAGGCUGUAUUAUGUAGCAACACCAUUUGUGUCUCUGCAGUACACAUUGGGUAUUCGCCGUUCCCUAGACCCUGAACCAUGAAUCCUCGACCUGUAUAACUAUCCAAGAAGUCUUUGCUGUAGUCUAAAGUUAUGUUAGAGAGAGAUUCGCAAUACCAUUUUCCUCGCUCGAUCAAUCCGAGACUGUAUUUACAAAUCAUACUGUCAUUUCUUGUUUCGUCUUUUCAUACUUGAUAAGCAUCUUUUCUUGUCUAUUGAAUCGGGGUAUAAUUUAGCAUUUA